AUGGCUAAAAACCUCCUGCUCCUGGUCGCAGGAACCGUGAUUGCUGGAUGCCUGAAUUCCAUAAUCACCAAGUAUCAGGACAACCAGUGCAUAGAAAACUGUGAUGAACCGGGACGAGAGGUUCUGUUUGAGCAGCCUGUAUUACAAACCUUGCAAAUGUUUGUGGGAGAAAUCUUGUGUUGGAUUCCUGUUUUCCUAAAUCGUGCACGCAGGGGAUCUGCAGAGGUUGCGGAACAAGCCCCUUUGCUGGGAAAAAAGAGUAUCAACACCGUACGCGAGUCCUUUGUGCUUUCAUUACCUGCUGUGUGCGACUUUACCGCUACGACCCUGCUGAACGUCGGACUGUUGUACACGCCUGUUUCAAUCUACCAGAUGACAAGGGGAUCGGUCAUUUUGUUUGUCGGGCUGUUUUCUGUCACCGCUUUGCACAAGACCAUUACCAAGCUCGAAUGGCUCAGUUUGUUUGUAGUUGUUUUUGGGGUAUUCAUCGUUGGUUUGAGCGGGUCGAUCGAAUCUGGUGAGGAGCUCAUACAGGUCGAGAAAGGCAACGUGGUAUUCGGAAUGCUCAUAAUUGUUCUUGGUAUCAUGUGCAACGCGGCCCAGUUUGUGAUCGAGGAAAGCAUCCUAGCCAACCUGGAGGUGAGUCCUCUGAGACUCGUUGGCUACGAAGGUAUAUAUGGUGCACUUGCAACCACAAUUUUUAUGGUUUUUGGCCAGGCAUUCAUGCACAAGUCAUCCAAAGACGCAUGGGAUAUGGUGUAUGCUCUGCAACUCAUGUUCACGCAUUCUCGGGUGUUGCUCAGCUCGUUGCUCAUCAUGCUCUGCAUUUCGUCAUUUAAUUUCUUUGGCAUUUCUCUCACACACAGACUCAAUGCCACUUCCCGCUCCACCAUUGAUACCUCGAGAACGCUGCUUGUGUGGCUGGUGUCGUUGAGUAUCGGCUGGGAGCAGUUCAGAGCACUGCAACUCGUGGGGUUCAGCCUUCUCUUGUAUGGCACCCUUGUGUUCAAUGGUGUUAUAGAGCUUGAAAAGAGCCGUUUCGUGCCUCAAUGGCUGAAACAAAGGUCUAAAGAUCCUCUUAUAACCAUAGAGGAGCCGAUUGAGAGGUUUUAA